AUGGCUAUGCUCUAUAGACUCCACUAUUCAGUGAAGGAUAGCAGUAUUGAGGACUUGAUAACUUCUCUAGGAUUCAUUGACGCUCGAGUCAAGAACGCUGCAGCUCAAAAAGGCCAUCAGUUGCUUGUUUCUGGCAAAAAUUCGAAACAAAACGGAGUCAAAUGGGUAUUGAACAUAUCUGUGAACUUUCCCCCUCAUCACAUGAGUGCAGCUGUCUCCUUGAAAAAGGCAGUCGCUGUAGUCCCAGAGGCCGCAUUGGCUGAACGUGACAUGGAGCUGCCCGAACUGAUAUCAGGCGAGGGGGAGCUACCUGGCCCAUCCCAGGAACUAGAAGUGACAACAGAGGUCUCAGUCCCCGCGAUUGUAUCUGGAGGAAUACGAGGGUUCUUUGACCUGCGUUUCUGGAAUGCCACAGACACUCAGCUCGACUUCGGCCUAAAGGAUGUAACGGACAUACUGACCGCCUGCCGUCCCGAGCGAGGUUGGGAUGAGGUGACGCAAAUGGCCCCGUCAUCAGCAGUUGUGCCAGAAUACAGUAGUAGCACCGAGAACAAGAAGGCGUUAUCACCGUCGAGUGGUGUUCAGCUAAUGCCAGUGGAGAUUUGGGAGAGUUGA